AUGAAGAUGGAAAGGUUGGGGCAAGGAGCCCAAGAGCAGGACCUCUGCCUCAGGCUGGUGGUCAAGCUGGACAGGUUUUUAACCAGAAGAACAAACUCCACCUUCAACCAUGUGGUGCUGAAGAGGCUGCUCCUGAGUUGCACCAACCGGCCGCCUGGGUCCCUUUCCUGGAUCCGGGAGAUGAAGCCCCCCCGGCGGCCGGGAGGGCCAGCCCUCUGUGGCUGUGGGACUAGAACCGGUGACACCUUUCCAGGAAGCGCCCAAACUGAAGGUGUGAGCAGCCGCGACGGAGCCACCUCCACAAGGCCGCUGGCCCUGGGCCCCCAGGGCUGUGACACGGUCCUGCUCUCCAGCCCUCGCCAGGGCCCAGAGGUGCCCCGGCAUUUCGGGGAGGCCCUGGGACCCCUCAUAGCCACACAAGUUCCAGCUCGCAGGAGGCCCACGGGCCAGCAGCGGCUACAAAACUAA